AUGGCCGCCCGAGAGCUCAUAGUCGUCUUGCUCAACCACACGAACGAGGAGCUCUCCCUCGAGCUGGGAUCCCCGCGCCUCGACCAUGGCGAAUGGAUGACGGACACGCCAGAGUCGGAGCCCCCUGGUGAGAUCAGAGCUGGAGAGAGCGGAAUGUGGCGUUGCAGGUCGCGCCACGUGGGCGCGGGGGCUGCUGGAACUGUUAGCUAUCGCAUCGUUGGGUACGGCGAGAACGACAGGAUUUCGCUGUCUUGGGAUGUUCACUAUGUCGGUCCAAGCAAGUUUGGGCACGCUGUCGCUUCGGAGGAAUUCACUAUUAAAGUGUUUGGUGGCAGCGGAAAGCAAGCUGUUGCUGUGUUUGUGCUCGGUGAAGCCAGCGCGAAUGUGAAGAAUUUCAAUAUUUUGGCAAAGGCUGAAGAUGGCGGCUGGAGAAUUCAGAGCGGCAUCCGCGAACUAGCAGACGCCUUGGGUGCUUGCAUUACAGCCAUGAUUCGCACAGCAGUCGCAUGCACGGCUCUUGAGAACCGAGCGGUCCCAAAUAGUCCCGAUGGUUACGCGCCGGCCUCGGUGUCCUGCCCUUCGCCACGACCGACGAUUCGGGCCGCCAGCGGGCUGUCGGCCAACGAAACAACAUGGCUCAGCCUUCGCGACAACAAGACCAUUCCAGCAAUGAAAAGUCUUCUCUCGCGUUUCAACAUCAGCGGCCUAGAUACCAGUGCGUACAUUGAUAAUAUCGUCAAGGAAGUUGAAGGCGGGAACCAGAGCGCCGUGCUACCCCGAAUUGGCGUCGCCGUGUCCGGAGGCGGGUACCGAGCUCUGAUGAACGGCGCAGGUGCGAUUUCAGCGUUUGACAAUCGCACAUCCAACUCUACGGGAAAAGGCCAGUUGGGUGGCCUGCUCCAGGCCACGACGUACUUGAGCGGCCUCUCCGGAGGAAGCUGGCUCGUUGGAAGUCUGUUCGUGCAAAACUUCACCACUGUAGACUCCAUCGUCCUGUCGACGAGUGGAUUUCUGAGUACGCUUUGGCAGUUUGAAAAUUCUAUUCUCCAAGAUUGUACCCUGCCGACACGCCACCAGCUAGGUCCGGAGGGUCUGCGUCCUGGACAAUACUACAACGAGCUGUAUCAGAGCGUUCAGGAUAAAUCAGAUGCUGGAUUCAACACCACAAUCACCGAUUACUGGGGACGGGCGUUGUCGUAUCAACUCGUAAACUCGACAGACGGAGGGCCAGCGUACACAUUCUCGUCGAUUGCCAACAACACCGAAUUCAUGGCUGGCAACUCACCCAUGCCCAUCAUCGUUGCGCUCGAGCGGGCCCCAGACCAGCGUCAAGUUCCGCCCAACGCGACCGUGUUCGAGUUCAACCCCUGGGAAAUGGGGUCCUACGAUCCAGAAGCGGCGGCCUUUGCGCCUUUGAAAUACGUCGGUUCCGAGUUCAACGGCGGCACGAUCGGCCGGACGGCGAAAUGCUUUACGGGCGUAGACAAUGCGGGCUUCGUCAUGGGCACGUCGUCGUCGCUGUUCAAUCAAGCCUUCUUGCAGAUUGGCAAGGUAUCAGGGGUCCCGGACGUCCUUACUCGAGCACUCAACAAGACGCUGGGGAGCCUUGGUGAAGAGAACCGGGACGUUGCGAGUUGGCCGAACCCGUUUUACAAGCUCGAUGGCGGCAACAGGGUCAACGCCAACGCCAGCCUCGUCACAUUGGUCGACGGCGGCGAAGCGCUGGAAAACAUCCCGCUGCAUCCGCUCACUCUGCAGGCGCGCAACGUCGAUGUCAUCUUUGCCAUUGACGGAUCGGCCGACACGCAGAGCUUGUGGCCGAACGGCACAAGCCUUGUAGCGACGUACAACCGAUCCACGAGCGGCGAGGAGACGAACAACACUGCCUUUCCGGUCGUCCCCGACGUGAACUCGUUUGUCAAUCUGGGCCUGAACAGGCGGCCUACCUUUUUCGGGUGCGGCAACGCCUCGGCGGGCGCGCUGAUUGUGUACAUGCCCAACACUCCGUACACGUUCUACGCGAAUGUUUCGACGUUUGACCUUUCGUACAAUGAUUCGGAUAGAAAUCAGAUUAUCCAAAACGGAUACAAUGUGGUGACUUUGGGGAACGGCACUGUGGAUUCGAAUUGGACCGUGUGUGUUGGCUGCGCCGUGCUGGCUCGCAGUCUUGAGCGGACGGGAACCAGCAUCCCGCCCGCAUGUGUGGACUGCUUCGAGAAGCAUUGCUGGAAUGGAACGAUCAACUCUACCGUCCCGUCGACGUUUGAGCCGCAGAAGGUGAUUAGGAGCUCGGCCGGGCGACGGGCGCAGCCGCGAAGACGCGGGAUCGUGCUGUUGUCCUGA